UGACGGUACAAGUGGGGUGGAGGAGGAGGAGGAGGACAAGGAGGAGGAGGAGGAGGAGGAGGAGGAGGAGGAGGAGGAGGAGGAGGAGGAGGAGGAGGAGGAGGAGGAGGAGGAGGAGGAGGACAAGGAGGAGAAGGAGGAGGAUGAGGAUGAGGACAAGGAGGAGGAGGAGGAGGAGGAGGAGGAGGAGGAGGAGGAGGAGGAGGAGGAGGAGGAGGAGGAGGAGGAGGAGGAGGAGGAGGAGGAGGAGGAGGAGGAAGAGGACAAGGAGGAGAAGAAGGAGGAUGAGGAGGAGGAGGAGGAGGAGGAGGAGGAGGAGGAGGAGGAGGAGGAGGAGGAGGAGGAGGAGGAGGAAGAGGACAAGGAGGAGAAGAAAGAGGAGGAUGAGGAGGAGGAGGAGGAGGAGGAGGAGGAGGAGGAGGAGGAGGAGGAGGAGGAGGAGGAGGAGGAGGAGGAGGAUAAGGAGGAGGAGGAUGAGGAUGAGGAGGAGGAGGAGGAGGAGGAGGAGGAGGAGGAUAAGGAGGAGGAGGAUGAGGAUGAGGAGGAGGAGGAGGAGGAGGAGGAGGAGGAGGAGGAGGAGGAGGAGGAGGAGGAGGAGGAGGAGGAGGAGGAGGAAGAGGACAAGGAGGAGAAGAAGGAGGAGGAUGAGGAGGAGGAGGAGGAGGAGGAGGAGGAGGAGGAGGAGGAGGAGGAGGAGGAGGUGGAGGAGGAGGAGGAGGAGGAGGAGGAGCCAGCUCAUUGCAACUACGACCAUCCUAGAUGGGCUUCUACUCUACGUAUACAGAAACGCAUGGGCUUUACAAUAGAGUUAUAG